AUGAAGCAGAUCAGCAACAAAGUGACAAAACCAUUGCACAAUAAAUUUAACAAAGAUUUAUUUAGUCGAUAUGAAUCCAGUAAUUUAGGUACUGAUGAAGAAAGUAAAGAAGAAUCAGACGAAGAAAUUGAAGCAUUCUCAUCUGGUGGUAGAAAAGUUGACGAACUUGAUCGUUAUCUUAAUUUGAAACUUGAUAAAUCAAAACUAGAAUGUAAUCCUUUGCGAUUUUAG